GUGGUGGCUUUUGUCAGGGAAGUGGUGGCUUUUGUCAGGGAAGUGGUGGCUUUUGUCAGGGAAGUGGUGGCUUUUGUCAGGGAAGUGGUGGCUUUUGUCAGGUAGCUUUAAAGAGGGAGGAAGUAGAUGCAAGAACCAAAGCUCAGUUUUGUUGUUUUUUACUUCUGAGAAAGGGUCGAUAAGAGGUGAUGAGAAAACUCGUAAAAUGUUCCGGUUAUCUAGGCGAGAGUAAGAGAGAGAGAGAGAGAGAGAGAGAAGAUCCUAGUUGCGUGUGAGCAGAACUGGUUUUUCAAGGUUGUUAGAUGUUGUAAUGCAGGUUUUUCUCGCUGGAGUUUCUCGGAUGAAAUUGGAUGAGAACGGGAGAGGGAGGUUGAAGGCUGCAAUGUGUUGUGAGGCAGCCACAGGCGGCAAUGCUUUGAGGCAGCAACAGGUGGCUAUCGAGGCUGUUGCGUUCGACUAAGGUGGCUUGUAUCUUGGGAACUUCAUUUGCAUGUUGUGCAUUAUCCGGUAAUUAAUCAAUUCAGGGCUCCUUGUUUUCAGACGACUCUCUGGUCAUUGAGCAGGGUAACCAUCUACUCAAUCUAGAAAAAUAUUUUCAUUACUUCCUGGAUGAAAUUUGUUUAUGAAAAGUAAAACAAUGAAGUUCAAAAACAAGGAAUCCUUAGAAAAUGCAGGAUUAGGCGUAAUCACCAAGAAAAUGAAACGUAUUUCUGAUUAUGGGUCUGUGAGGAAAGCCUCGGGAGUGAAAUCUCAAACAGGAACAGAUGACGACCUUGAACCAGUAUCUUUCCUUUCGUUGUACCGCUUCUCGACGGCGGGGCAGCGCUGCCUGCUGCUGGCGGGGCUGGCGGCUGGCCUGGCGGGAGGAGCCCUCACGGUCGCCAACAUGGCGCUGCUCGCCGGCCUCACGGACGAGCUGGUGCGCCACGGCAACGCGACUCUGCACGGCGGCCCCGGGGACCAGCUUCUCCACGCCCUGCAGGGGUUCGCGCUGGGCAACGCCGCGGUGGGGGCGGGCGUGCUGCUUCUAGGGUACCUGUCCGUGUGCCUCUUCAACCACGUGGCCGCCCAGCAGAUAUACAUGAUUCGGUGCAAAUUCUUUGAGUCUGCGUUGCACCAGGACAUCGGCUGGUACGACGUCAGGCAGACGGGAGAUCUGGCCAGCAGGAUGGCAGAAGACCUUAACAAGCUGGAAGAUGGUUUCGGGGAGAAGGUGGUCAUGUUCGCCAACUUCGUCGCCAACUCGGUGGCCAGUGUGGUGUUUGCGUUCGUGAGGGGCUGGGAGUUGACACUGGUGUGUCUGGCUUCGACGCCGGUGAUUCUGAUAGUCGUCGUCCUCAUCAUGUGGGAGAUAUCGCGACUGUCGAAGAAGGAGUUGAAGGCAUACGGGAAAGCUGGAGCCAUCGCGGAAGAAGCUCUGGGUUCCAUCAGAACUGUGUUCGCAUUCGGCGGAGAAUCACAAGAGGUGAAAAGGUACCGAGCCAACUUGGUGUUUGCGAAGAAGAUCAGCGUGAAGAGGGGCUUCUACAUGGGCGCUGCAUUCGGCGUGAUCUGGUUCUUCAUCUACGCCGCGUACGCCCUUGCGUUCUGGUACGGCGUGGGGCUGGUUCUGGACCAGCGGCACUGGCCCCAGGACGAGAUCGUGUACACUCCGGGGACCAUGAUCGUGGUGUUCUUCUGCGUGAUGCAAGGCUGCAUGAACGUCGGGGCGGCCUCGCCGUACCUCGAGGCGUUCGGCGUGGCGCGGGCCGCCGCGGCCAAGGUGUUCUCUGUCAUCGACCGAGUCCCCGCCAUCUACAGCCUGUCCGAGCACGGCUCGAAGCUGCCCCAGCUCAGGGGCUCGCUCACCUUCAGGAACGUCCAUUUCGAGUAUCCGUCCAGGCCGGGCGUCAAGGUGUUGGACGGCGUGGACCUGACGCUGGCGCCGGGCCAGAAGGUGGCCCUGGUGGGCAGCUCGGGCUGCGGCAAGUCCACUUGCGUCCAGCUCAUCCAGAGGUUCUACGACCCCACGGAGGGGCAGGUGUUGCUGGACGGGACGGACGUCGCCGGCCUGAACGUGUCGUGGCUGAGGGCUCAGGUCGGCGUGGUGGGGCAGGAGCCUGUCCUCUUCAACAUGAGCAUCGAGGAGAACAUCCGCCUGGGCCACGCGACCGCGUCGAAGGCGGACGUCAUGCAGGCCGCGAGGGACGCCAACGCCCACAGCUUCAUCUGCGGCCUGCCCCAGGGCUACGACACGGUGGUGGGGGAGAAGGGGGCCCAGCUGUCCGGGGGGCAGAGGCAGAGGAUCGCCAUAGCCCGCGCUCUGGUGCGCCAGCCCCGCAUCCUGCUGCUGGACGAGGCGACCUCGGCCCUGGACAGCGGCAGCGAGGCCAGCGUACAGCUCGCCAUGGACAAGGCGAGCCAGGGCCGCACCACGCUCGUCGUGGCUCACCGCCUGUCCACCGUGCGAGGCGCGGACCGCAUCGUGGUGAUGGCGGGGGGGCGGGUGGUGGAGGAGGGCACCCACGCGCAGCUGAUGUCGCUCCAGGGCCACUACUGCUCGCUGGUCGCCUCCCAGGUGGACCACCACAACCACAGGCCGGGCGCAGGCGGCGGCGACGGCGACAGGGACUCCCUGCUGGAGGAGAUGCUGGCGCUGGGCAUCGAGGUCCCGGGCCUCGGCGACAGGAGGCCCGAGCCCUCGGCCCCCGAGCCCCCGGAGCCCCCGGGCCCCUCGCCCCCCUCGCUGGCGGACGUGCUGAGUCUCGGCCGGCCCGAGUGGCCGCUGCUGGUCGUGGGAGGGGCGUGUGCCGUCGUCAUGGGCUGCUCCUACCCCGCCUUCGCCGUGCUCUUCGGGGACAUCCUGCAGUUGCUAGGGCUGGAAGACCCGGUAGAAGUACGCGACAAAACAAACAUGUUCUGCAUAUACUUCUUGGCUGCUGCUGUAGUGAUUGGCGUUUCUUCCUUUAUUCAGGUGGCCGCCACCACGGUGGCCGGCGAGAAGCUCACGGCGCGCCUGAGGGCACGGCUCUUCGCGGCCAUGCUGCGCCAGGAGGUGGCGUGGUUCGACCACCAGGACAACUCCCCGGGGACGCUGUGCGCCCGGCUGUCGUCCGACGCGUCUCAGGUCCAGGGGGCAACCGGCCAGCGAGUGAGUCUGCUGGUGCAGUCGCUGUCGACGCUGCUGGUGGGCGUGGCUCUGGCCAUGUACUACGAGUGGCGGCUGGGACUGGUCGCCCUCUCCUUCUGCCCCGUCGUCAUCCUGGCGCAGUACCUGUUCGGUCUGCUGCUGUCCGGGACGCUGCUGCGCGACCGUGCCGCCCUGCAGAGCGCCGUCAACGUGGCGGUGGAGGCCGUGGGCAGCAUCCGCACGGUGGCGGGGCUGGGACAGCAGAGGCUGUUCCUGGACCGGUUCGCGUCCCGCCUGCAGCCCACGCGGGACCUCGCGCUGCGAUACGCUCACCUGCGGGGCGCCGUGUGCGGCCUCGCCAGCUCCGUGCUGUUCUUCGGCUUCGCGGCGACCAUGUACUACGGCGGCCGCCUGGUGCAGUGGGAGGGACUGGCCUACGGCUCCGUCUUCAAGAUCAGCCAAAUGCUGCUCAUUGGCACAGCGUCCAUUGGUGCUUCAAUAUCGUUCGCACCCAACUUCCAAAGAGGUCUGGUCGCUGCAGGAAACAUUUUCCAAAUCUUGCACAGAAAACCAAGACUCACUGAUCCGUCUACCGAAAAGAAAAACUGGGUGGCGGAGGGGCGCGUGGAGUUCUCCCGAGUGGGCUUCUCGUACCCGGGGCGACCGACGGCCCAGGUCCUGGACGACGUGAGCCUGGGGGCCGAGCCGGGCCGCACCAUCGCCCUGGUCGGGCCGAGCGGCUGCGGCAAGUCCACCUGCCUGCAGCUGCUGCAGCGCUUCUACGAGCCCACGUCCGGCUCCGUGACGCUGGACCGCCAGGACGUGUCGUCCGUGCCCCUGCGCGGCCUGAGGCAGCAGCUGGGCGUGGUCUCGCAGGAGCCGGUGCUGUUCGACCGCACCGUCGCGGACAACAUCGCUUACGGCGACAACACCCGGCGCGUGCCGCACAGUGAGGUCAUCGCCGCGGCCAAGCUCGCCAACAUUCAUGGCUUCAUAGCGUCCCUCCCCUUGGGAUACGAGACGCGGCUGGGCGAGAAGGGCAUGCAGCUGUCGGGCGGGCAGAAGCAGCGAGUGGCCAUCGCCCGGGCCCUGGUGCGCAACCCCCGCGUCCUGCUGCUCGACGAGGCCACCUCCGCCCUCGACGCCGACAGCGAGAAGGUGGUGCAAGAAGCGCUGGACAAGGCGAGAGCCUGCAGGACGUGCGUCGUGAUUGCACACCGGUUGUCGACGAUAAAGGACUCUGACUGCAUCUACGUCAUCGCGGACGGAAGAGUCGCGGAACGAGGCUCUCACUCGGAGCUGAUGUCCCUCGAUGGGACGUACAGGAAACUGUACAGCCUGCAGCAGAGUCCCGAUUGACGUGGAGGGGUGAAUACGUUUGUGGUUCUACCAGCAGACCAAAUACAUUUUUUGUUGCCAUUUGAGUUUUUUAAGAAAUGUGAUAAAAUUAGUACAAAUGUGUGUGUUUCAGAAUGGCUAAGUUGACUUUAAUGUGAAAUUCUGUUUCAGUGUUUAUCAUAAUUUAUAUUAUAAAAAAAAUUAAAUAAUGAAAAGAUAUAUAAUAUGUAGAAAUAUAUAUUUUUAUGCGUUGGACAGUGGUAAAUAUUUAAAAGAUAUCAUCAAAACCUUUUGUUUUAACUAACAAUAUAGCCCAUAUUAUUUUCAGCAUUUUAAACACUAAACAUAUAUACACACACUCAACACAAGUUUUCAAUUAUGUGUAAUGUAAAGUUUGGUGGAGUGUGUUCGAAAAUUUCUCAAUCGGUUCAAAAAAUAUUUAAUAAUUAAGUCAAGACACUUUAAGAACCACUGGCAUUUAAAUUCAAGAAAAUAAUAUAACCAUGCAAAACUUAAGUGUCAACAUUUAAGCACUUGAAAAUUAUGAUACAAAAAUAAAUUAAAAAUGUUUGGUGGUGGUCAAAAGAAUUCAAUGAAGCAAGCUCAAUAGUUGUAACAUAAUGCAGACAAUACCGACAAUGCUGUAUCGCAGUGCGAAAGAUCAGUAUAAAGCUGAAUGGGGAGAUUUCACUAAAAUAGAAACUUAACAAAUCAGUUUAUGGAGCCCAGCAGACAACUACGAGUCGAAGCAGCUGACUCGCGAAUUACAGGGACCUCUCGGAGGUGAGUCUGACUCCACCAGUUGUCUUUUUGCGUGACUCGCAGCGUGAUUGAGUGAGUUGAGUGAGAGAAUGACUUAGUGAUAGAUACUAAAAUGCAAGCAAUUAAAAUAAUACAAAAUUUAAUUGUAUUAAAAGUUAAUCAUUAAUCUUGAACAGAAAUUUUUUUAUCAACCGUCAUCUUUAAAAUUGCCCAGCGAUUACUUUUACACCUCACUGUAUUCUAAAGCUAAAAGUGUAGUAUGUAUGCUUCAUUUUCAUCUCAAGCCCACAAUAAAAUCACAUUACUGUACAUGCGUAUUAAGAAAUUUCUGUUGUCCGUCUAUUCAUUAUACGUCACAGCCCUGGUUUGGGUGGUGACGGUUAAUCAAAGUUUUACUGGAUAUUAAAAGAAAAUUAUAUUUGUUUAUUGUUUCUGAUAUAACUAACAAAAAAUAUGUGUGGAACGUUAUUAAAUAUAUUAAUUUGCAUCCUGAUCAGGUUACAAUAGUUUUGUCUGACUAAUUAGUUGCGGGUGUGUGUUUCUGCAGCCAAUCGGAGCGCAGAACCCCAGCCGGCGGGCAUGCUUCGAGGAGUCUUCGACAGCCGCUCCUAGCUGGUUUUGUUGGCAUCCCUGGCACGGGGUUCAUCGUACCGCAACAACUGGGAUGUUGCUGCAGCCAGUGUUCCACAAGCAUCGACCAGCAAGUUGAUACAGCCACUGAUCCAUUUGUUAAUUUAUUGUAAUUGGAUUUUUUUUUAUGUCAAUACUAAUUUAAAAUUGCUUCCAUAGUGGGAGGUAAUUCAAAACAAGGACGAUAGUAGUCGAGUGAAGCAGCCACACAUCUAUCAUCACCAUCCAAAAUUUAAUUGAAAUUUGAAACUUGUUAUGCUAUGAUCUUAUAACUAUAUACAGGGGUUAUUAAAUUAUGGAUGGGGAUGAGAAAUGUAACAGCAACACUCAACAAUAAUAAUGUAACCCACUAUGUCACAAAAAAAAUUGUUGGUACAACAGUAAAAUAUACUGAUUCAAUAAAAAUAAAAGUGUAAUUGAACAGGAAACAAA